AUCAACAACCUACUCUUGUUUGCUUAGAGGUUAUAAUACCUUGUAUACAAAAACAACAAAUAUCCUUAGGGAAAAUAAAACUAAUACUAGCAAGUUUUUAUGUGCCAUUGUUUUAUUCUGUUUCUGAUUCUGAGCUGCCUCCCUCCUUGUUCCUCUUCAACACCAUUUCCUACCUCACCCGCUUAGAUCGGAUCUAUUCUCUUCCCCCUUCACCACUUUCACCUUUAAUUUCAUCUGACGCCACCUGUUUCCUCCCUUUCCAUCAUCCCCAGUAAAAUUUACAGAAACCAAAAACCCCCCAUUAACCAAAAAAAAAAUAUUGAUUUUUUUUUACUUUCUGUUCCACCAACAUCAUCAACAAACACAGAGCAACGUAAACGAGAGUCGAAUACAGAAACAGGGGAGGACCCGUUUCAGGUCUUUGAUGCCUGAACAAUACCCAGUUUUGCUUUUUCUGUAUUGUGGCUGGGAAUCCAAACUGGGUCUGCGUUAAUGGGCAAUGUAACGUCUGGUGUGGCUGCAAAGUUUGCGUUCUUUCCACCAGACCCGCCGACCUAUGAUGUGUCGAAGGACGAAGGAGGGAAGCUUGUGUUCUCUGGAGUCUCGGGAGAUAAGAACAUGGAUGUGCAUUUGGUUGAGACCAAAGGAGGAAACAAAGUCGUUGCCACGUUUUGGAAGCACCCUUUUGCCAGGUUCACCAUUCUUUACUCGCAUGGCAAUGCUGCUGAUUUGGGUCAGAUGCAUGAGCUCUUCAUUGAGCUCAGGGCUCACCUCAGGGUUAAUAUCAUGAGCUAUGAUUAUUCAGGAUAUGGAGCAUCCAGCGGUAAGCCAUCUGAGUUCAACACCUAUCAUGACAUAGAAGCUGUGUACAAUUGCUUAAAGAGCGAAUAUGGAGUAAAGCAAGAAGAUUUGAUACUUUACGGCCAAUCUGUUGGAAGUGGACCAACACUGCACAUGGCUUCUCGGUUAAAGAGGUUGAGAGCUGUUGUUCUUCAUAGUGCAAUCCUUUCAGGCAUACGAGUCUUGUAUAAUAUCAAAGUGACAUUUUGGUUCGACAUUUUUAAAAAUAUAGACAAAAUACGGCAUGUCACCUGUCCGGUUUUAGUUAUACAUGGAACAGAAGAUGACAUUGUUGAUUUGUCCCAUGGGAAGCGUUUAUGGGAACUCGCCAAGGAAAAAUAUGACCCCUUAUGGGUCAAGGGCGGAGGCCAUUGCAACCUAGAGACGUAUCCAGAGUACAUUAAGCACUUACGCAAGUUCAUAAAUGCCAUGGAGAAACUCUCACUCUCGAAUCAAACGAAGAAAGAACUCACUUCUACCCCAAGUAUUGAAUUAAAACACAACAAGUGCUUGAGAUUUGGAAAGAAAUAGCUGGUUAUUUUUUACAUCAUUUGAGAAGUAUUAGGGAUUGUAAACAGAGAAUCCCACUGCAGUGUGAUCCUAUCUCCACUAAUAGCUACAAUUCCUUGUAUCAUGAACCGAGUGUUUGCCGGAGCUAUCAAGCUUGGUGUUUUUCUUGGUAGAUUAACGGAUAGGAAUCAUGCAUAGAGUGUUUGAUCUAGUUGUUCUUUCA